CGAGGGCUCAGACAGAUUCUCACCCCUGACUUGUACUCUCCUGGGAGCAGAGAGAAGAAAGGCAUGGCCACCAUGGAGCCCAAGGUGAUCUGCGUCCUGCUCCUGGUCUUCUCGCUGGCCCUCAGCAGCCUGGCUCAGGUCCAGACCGAGACGUGCGUGAUGGCCCCCAGCCAGAGGAGCAACUGCGGGUUCUCGGGCAUCACGCCCGCCCAGUGCGCGGCGAAGGGCUGCUGCUUCGACAGCACCGUCCCCGGGCACCCGUGGUGCUUCUACCCUCUGAACAUCGCCAACAACGUCCCGGAAGAGGACUGCGAAUUUUAGCCGCUCUCAGUGGGA